AUGCUUUUCUGGGGAGGAGCUGAUUUACAAGAAGUUUAUUACAACCUCCCUGAUGCACAUGAAGAAUAUGAUCCAAGAAGGAAGAAUGAUGUUUUCAAAACGGCCAUUGAGAAAUUGGAUGAAUUUUUCAUGCCAAUUCGAAAUACAACGUUUGAGAGACAUCAGUUCUGGUCAAUGAAGCCCCACGAAGAUGAAAAGGCACGUGAAUUCCUUAUUAGACUUAGACAUCAGGCGUCUAAAUGCUAUUUUGGAGAGUCCAAGGUAGAGGUCGUGGAUAUUAAUCUAAAGGACCGUUUAAUUGCUGCUUGUGCCUCAGAGAGUUUCAAAAAGAAGCUUAUGGAAAAAGAAAGAUCUCUGAAAGAAGUUAUUGAUCUUUUUGAAGUGGAAGAUCAAUUGGGCAAGCAGACGGACUCACUGCGUAGUGAAGAGACUGAAAAAGUGAAUCGCGUUGAAUUGGGAAAGAAUACCGGAAAGAGAGAAGAUUGUCCAAAAGAUUGUUUUCGCUGUGGGAGUAUUAAACAUGCGGGCACUGAUAGCGAGUGUCCAGCCAUCAGAAUGAAGUGUAACAAAUGUCACUUGGUCGGGCAUUUUUCUAGAAAAUGCCGUACUCGUAAGAGGACGUUCAAUAUAGAAGAAGGCAAAAGUAGCGGAAAAAGUAACAAUGACUAUCCUGGUGGGAUAAAGCGUCUGAAGGCAAACCCGAAAAAGAAGACAAGCAUUAAUCUGGUUGAUGCGGAAAUGGAGGAAAGCCAGGAUUCAAUAAGCUCUGACAAACAAUUGAGCGAUUACUGUUUUAAUGUUGACAGUUCGAAGAUCAUGGAAACAAUUGACUGUAACGUCGGAGGACAGGAGAUAAAGAUGAUCAUCGAUUCUGGUUGUCUUGUAAAUUUGAUUGGAGAAAAAGACUGGAAAUAUUUACAAGAUUGUGGAGCCAAAAUUUUCAAUGUAUCCCAACCAGUAGAUCGUGUUUUCCGUUCCUAUGCGUCUUCCUCGUUGCUGAAAGUUGUUGCGAGUUUUGAUGCCAAAGUAAAACUAAGGAAUGGAAAACAAAUCUCAUCAACUUUCUAUGUCAUUCAAAAUGGUGGGACGUCAUUGUUGGGAAAAAUUUCAGCGAUGGAUUUGGGGGUCCUCAAGAUUGGUCUGGAUAUAAAUCAAGUUAUUACCCCAGCUGAAGAAUUUCCGAAAAUAAAGGACAUACUAAUUGAUCUUGUAAUCGACCACCGAGUGAAACCCGUGCAGCAACCCUACCGACGGACUCCACUAGCUCUAGAGGAGAGAAUCAACCAGAAAAUUGAUGAGUUAGUUGGAGCUGAUAUAAUUGAGGCAGUUCAGGGAAGUAGUCGGUGGAUCUCACCGAUUGUACCAAUCGUGAAAGAUAACGGUGAUUUGAGACUUUGUAUCGACAUGCGGAGGGCCAAUCAAGCCAUCGUGAGAGAACAGUAUCCGCUGCCAACGAUCGAAAGUUAUUUACAUCGCUUGGCAGGUGCUCGUCUCUUCUCAAGGCUGGACAUCAAAAAUGCUUUCCACCAGCUAGAAUUGGACAAGAGAUGUCGUUACAUUACAACAUUUAUCUCAAGGAGAGGUCUUUUUCGCUAUAAGAGACUGAUGUUUGGAAUAAAUGCAGCACCGGAGAUUUUUCAAAGGACCAUGGAAAACCUAUUGGUGAACUGCAAGAACUGUUUGAAUUAUAUCGAUGAUAUAAUUGUAUUCGGCUGUGAUGUGAAGGAACAUAAUGAAUGUCUCAACAACGUCCUAAAAGUACUCAGAGCACAUAAUGUGUUUUUAAACGAAGAGAAAUGCGUUUACCGAGUAAAAGAAUUAAUAUUCCUGGGACAUCAUUUGUCUGAGAAAGGCAUUCGCCCGCUUAAAGAGAAGAUAACAGCAAUAAGAGCUUUUCGGGAACCAAAAACUCGAGAGGAGCUUCGAAGCUUCCUGGGAUUGGUGACAUAUAUUGGGCGAUUUAUCCCCAAUUUGGCGACAGAAACUGAUACUCUCAGAUUAUUGCUUAAAGGUGACAAGAUAUUUCUUUGGAAAGAAGAGCACAAAUUGGCUUUCAGGCGACUUCUCGAAGUGAUUGGAGACAUUCGAACUUUGGGAUAUUAUGAUCCAAAAGACCGCACUCAAGUCAUCGCAGAUGCAAGUCCUGUAGGACUUGGUGCAGUGCUCAUACAAUUCAAAGGUGAAACUCCACGGGUUAUCUCUUAUGCAAGUAAGAGUUUGACUGAGACAGAAAAACGAUAUUGCCAGACUGAGAAAGAAGCCCUCAGUUUGGUCUGGGCAGUGGAGAAAUUUUACAUCUUUCUUUGUGGCAUUGAAUUUGACCUCAUCACCGAUCACAAGGCGCUGGAGACUAUAUUCAAACCUUCUUCCAAACCUUGUGCAAGAAUUGAGAGGUGGGUGCUAAGGCUUCAAUCUUUCAAAUACAGAGUUCUGUAUAAGAAUGGAAAGAUGAACAUCGCCGAUUCAUUGUCACGAUUGGGAUUACCAAAAGAGGCAGAGCCGUUUGAUGAAGAUGGCGAAUAUUAUAUCAGGAGUGUAGUACAAAUUGCGGUACCUACGGCCUUGUCUCUGGAGGAAAUAAAAGAGGAGUCGGAAAAUGAUCAAGAAUUUCUGCAGUUGAAACAAGCCUUGGAGUCAGGUAACUGGAAAAACCAGGACAUUAAGCAGUACGCUCCGUUUCGCCAUGAAAUUUCUGCUGUUGAUGAUGUGUUUCUGCGUGGAACUAAAAUAAUCAUUCCGAGAAGUUUGCGCAAAAGGGUUCUGGAGAUCGCUCACGAGGGUCAUCCGGGAGAAUCGCUGAUGAAGCGGAGGGUUCGCACUAAAGUUUGGUGGCCUAAAAUAGACAGGAUGGUUGAACAACAUGUGAAGAAGUGCAGGUCAUGUGUAUUGGUGUCCCAACCACUAAAUCCUGCUCCAAUGACACGCAGGCCUCUUCCGGAAGCACCAUGGGUUGACACAGCAAUUGAUUUUCUAGGCCCAUUGCCCACUGGUGAGUACCUCUUAGUAAUUGUUGAUUACUAUAGCCGGUAUCAGGAAAUUGAGGUUAUGGAUAAAGUCACAUCCCGUGAAACUAUCAAUCGAUUGGAGAAGAUAUUUUGCCGCUUGGGAUUCCCAAAGACAAUAUCUUUGGACAACGGGAAGCAGUUCGUGAGUCGAGAGUUCACCCAUUAUUGUAAAAGUAAUGGUAUAAAAUUGAACUCUGUUGCUCCAUAUUGGCCCCAAGCAAAUGGGGAAGUAGAGCGACAAAAUCGCUCUAUUCUAAAACGACUGAAAAUAAGCCAUCUGGAAGAACGAGACUGGAAGCGGGACCUUCUGGCUUACCUGGCCAUGUAUUACAACACACCUCAUUCAGUUACUGGAAAGCCUCCUGCUGAACUAUUUUACGGACGCCUACUUCGUGAUAAGAUUCCUUUAGUAGCUGAGGCUGCAACCCCCAACGAUGAGGAAGUCAGGGAUUUUGACUGGGAACAAAAGGAAAGGGGAAAGGAGCUAGAAGACAGGAAGAGAGGAGCUACAGAUCAUGACUUCAAAGAGGGAAACUCAGUAUUCGUGAAAAAUCAAAACUGCUCAGAUAAACUCUCUCCUACGUUUUUGACAGAGGAAUUCUGCAUCAUUGAGCGUCGAGGGAAUACAGUGACUGUGCGAGGAAAGCUUUCUGGGAAGAUCUACAAAAGGAACAUCUCUCACAUUAAGCUGGUACCGAGAGUGGAGAAGUUACAACUAAAAAGACAAGGAGAGGUGUGGGAACUGGAGUGA